CCACCAACUCUGACAGAAGCAGACUUUGAAGAUUCUUUGGCAACAGAUAAUUUCCUUGUGGACUACUUUAAUGAAUUCCUAAGCCUUCCAACCUUUUCAGAGGCAAUUAGGUUUAAUGUGAAUUAUGGAGUUUUUGAAGUAGUUAACAAUGCUCCACAACUUCUGGAAAAGCAACUGAAAAAAAUUCUACAAAGCCAGCAACCUCGCAAUCCCAUCUAUGAUGUUGUAAGAAAAGCAAAGAAUGAUAUUAAACCUGCUCAGAUGAGUGACCCCUAUAAAGCUGAGACCAUUAACAUCAAUUACAGUGUUAUGUGUCUGAAUCGUGAACAAGGCAUUCAGUGGAUCAAAAAAGAAAGACUUCCAGCAUUUCUGGAAAGCGAUUGCUAUUUUGAAUACAGGUUAGCAAAAUUGGUCUCGCAAGUGAGAUGGAGUAGAUCAGGCAUGAAUAUCACACUAGAUAAAGCUUUUUCUCCCUGGGUCACGAGAAAAGUACCCACUCCACCACCUCCUGUCAUUGAAGAUGACAAUGCUAUCAUUAUGAAGAAGUUCUAUAUUUCUCUUGGCAAGGCCUCCUAUUUAGAAACGAAAGAUUGGUUUACAUUAGCCAAACAAAGUCAGCAAACAGUGUCAACCUUCCCUGCACUCCACAGCAAAGCUGAUUCACCGAUGAUUUCAUCUGUUUCUGAGAGUGUCAUCUUUGAUGAUGGAGUUCACCCCAGGAUGCAAAAGGACUCAUCUAAAGCCACUAGAAUCAUUUCUGAAUUGGAAGAAGUGGAGGAGGAGGGGUCUAUAGCUCUACCAGAUACUCCUUCGCAUGCUCUUCUGAGAAUAUACCUUGAAAAGCAACCGGAUACUGAAAGCCAGACAUUCCAUUUCUCAACUUGUGAAGAAUUUUUAAUAUCCUAUAUAAACUUUAUCUUAGCAGUAGUAAUUAAUCAAAUUAUUGGUGAGCCAUUUAGAGAAGGUCCAGGUUACAUAAAUUUCAACAAUAUAACAGAAGUGAUAGUUGAUGAGUGUGAGCUUAUUACUGUCAAGAAUGAUGUGUUUCCUGAAACAGCUCAACCCACAAAAGAGAAGGCUGAAGAGAGAUUAAAAGAAGCAGGUUCAAAGCAAGAGAGCCAUGGCUCAGAAAGCAGGGCUGACUGGUGCAUUUCUCACAAAACUUAUGACAUUGGCAAUAGGAAGGAGUUCGAAAGAUUUAAGGCAUUUAUGAAAGGUACAUUAGGGGAGAGAUAUUGGUGGCUAUGGAUGGAUAUUGAGAGGUUAAAAGUUCUUAAGGAUACUGGAAGACAUCAAAGACAUCUUGAAAAGAUGAAAAAAAACUAUCUAGUGAGCAGCGGAGAUCGCCACCUUUCUACAGAAAUCUUAACAAAACUUAAACUGCUAGAUGGCUCUCAGUGGAAUAAAGAACACUUAAUAAAUAUUCAGACUGAAGUUGUAAAACCCUUACUUCUGUAUUGGGCACCACGAUUCUGUGUUACACAUUCAUCCGCAAUAAGGAAAGCCAGUGCUGAACUGAAACUGUGGCACCGCCGUCAAGAGAAACCAAGGGAGGAUAUUGACCCUUUCCCACAAAUAGCAACCCUUUUGCCAUUAAGACCUAAAUCUUGCAUUCCACAGAUAUCUGAUACGGAGAAAGAAGAAUCCAGUUUAGUACCACCUCCUACAUCUCCCAAGAAACCAUCUACAGCAAGCCAAAAACCCAGGAAAGGCGAGACUCAGCGUUCCAUUUCUCCUAAGGACAGCGUGACUGAGAAAGGGUCAAAGCAGAUGUCAGAGAGAUACAAUGUUAUUCAUUUGACAUCCUACACCGACAUUUCGGAAUGCCUGAAGCCCGAGCUGGAGAGAAGAUUUACUUAUUCAGAAGAACCUUUGGUUAAAACCAUGGCAGAUGGUGCCUUGGGAGGAUCUGACAUGGAAAAUUUGUUGCAAUCGUUGUAUGUAGAGAAUAGAGCUGGAUUCUUCUUUACUAAAUUCUGUGAGCAUUCGGGGAACGAGCUGUGGAAGAACAGCGUGUACUUCUGGUUCGACCUCCAGGCUUAUCAUCAGCUUUUCUACCAAGAAACACUUCACCCUUUUAAAGUAUGCAAGCAAGCCCAAUUGCUUUUUGCCACAUAUGUCGCUCCUUCGGCCACUCUUGACAUUGGACUCCAGCAGCAAAAGAAAAAGGAAAUUUAUAUGAAAAUACAGCCACCGUUUGAAGACCUUUUUGACACAGCAGAAGAAUAUAUUCUCCUCCUCCUCCUUGAGCCCUGGACAAGGAUGGUACAAUUAGACCAACUUGCCUACAAACAGGUGAAGUUGGUGGAAGAAACUCGACAGCUAGACUCUGUCAACUUCAGAAAGCUACAGGCUUUGUAUAAAGAGACAGUUUUCAAGAAAGCUGAGGAUGCUACUAGUGAAAUUGGAACUGGUAUUCCCCCACAUCCUGCUGCCACUAAAUCAACAGAAUACUGGAAUAUUGUCCCUGCAGAAUAUAAGAAUUUUAAUUUUAAUAAUCUCCUUAACAACAAACUGGAGUUUGAACAUUUCCGUCAGUUUCUUGAGGCUUAUUCUGCAAGCAUCGACCUGAUGUGCUGGGCAGACAUUGAGCAGUUCCGAAGUAUACCUUACAAAGAUCGAAAGCUAAGGGAGGCAAAAUCUAUUUAUAUUAAAAACAAAUACCUGAAUAAAACGUAUUUCCUUGGACCUACCAGUCCAGCUUCUCCGUAUCAGCAGGAUCAGAUCAUGAGUUUGUGUGGUGGCUGGGGCAAAACUCUCCAUGAGCAGCUUGACCCGCCUGUUUUCGUUGAAGUUCAGAAGCAUGUCCUAAAAAGGAUAGAAAAUGUGUGGUUGCCACUGUUUCUUGCAAGUGAACAGUUUGCAGCACGUCAGAAGAUAAAGUUACAGCUGAAAGAAGCAACUGAUGAGCUCUUACUGCAGAAGCAUGAAGAGAAAAUUGGGAUCUGGAAGCCUGUGGAGAGUAAAUGGAUAUCUUCAUCUUCUGAAAUCAUUGCUUUCCGUAAAGCAUUAUUGAAUCCAGUUACUGCAAAUCAAUUUCAACGGUUCGUGGCUCUAAAAGGAGAUUUAUUGGAAAAUGGGGUGCUCUUUUGGCAAGAAGUACAAAAAUAUAAGGACUUGUGCCAUUCUCAUUGUGAUGAGUCUAUCAUCCACAGGAAAGUCAUGACUAUUAUCAACUGCUUUAUUAACUCCAGCAUCCCACCAGCUUUACAAAUAGACAUCCCCGUGGAGCAAGCCCAGAAGAUUAUUGAACACAGGAAGGAGUUAGGACCAUAUGUAUUCAGAGAGGCACAGAUGACAAUUUUUGGAGUUCUGUUUAAAUUUUGGCCUCAGUUUUGUGAGUUUAGGAAGAACCUAACUGAUGAAAAAAUUAUGAGUGCGUUAGAGAGAAGAAAAGAAUAUCACAGGCAGAAAAAGAGGUCGACAGUCGUAGAAGAGGAAAGAUUUCAAAAGGAAGGAUUCAAACAACCUGAACAUGUUCCAGUAACUACUGUGAAACCAUCUGAUUUGUUCAGUGACCAAUCUCUAAUCCUGCAAGCGUAUGGCCGACAGCCAUCCUGGUGCUACUCAAAGUACAUAGAAGCCUUAGAGCAGGAAAGGAUUCUUCUUAAAGUUCAAGAAGAAAUAGAAAAGAAGUUGUUCACGGGUGGACUAUCUCUUACAAAUGUUAAGCCUAAUUCUUCAGAGUGACAGUACGCCUGUGAGUGUAUACCCUGGUGCUGAUAGGUGCAAGGAAUUCUUUAAGCCCAAUUUAACUGACAUGGAAGCUCAAGUGAUUUUUUGAUGGUCUUCAUUAGAGCAAGCCUUCCAUCUAAAUAAAGUUUGGCUUGUUUUCGCCCACCAUUUUAAAAUGACAGCUGUUCUGCA